AUGCCGUUCUCUACGAAGCGAAGCAUUCGAAGAGCGCUAGCUACCUCUACUGCUGUUAAGAAUGCCGCUCUGGUGCGAAAUCGCUACUUAUUGCGUCGACCUAACCCAUCUCUAGCUGCUAUCUCGUGCAGGGAAGUGGAGUCGGACACCAACUCGUUCUCCGACACAUACUCGGACCCUGAUACUGAGGCAAAUACGGAUAUCGAGCUAAGUACGAGCGAGGAUGCUGGCCUGGGGCCGGCAAAGCCAAAUCAUACCCCUCACACUGUAAAAUUAUGGACGAGGGAAGGCGACUUCUGGGAGAGGUACUGUUUUAAGAUUAUGAAAAAGACUAAGAGGUCCCUAGAAGAACAACUACGCGUAUGUGACCUAGAGACAUUUAAAGCGUACCUCCGCUGGCGGAAAAAGCAUUCCUGGGUUAAGAAGGAGAGCUCGAUGCGGAGCUAUUGGAAAAGAAUUAGCAUGUGCUAUAUGGAUCUCACACGCUACACGAUGGACGCUGAUGUUCUUACUGAUUGGAUUCUAACCCUAAUGCUUGACAAAUCUGAGAAGGAAAAGCAUGCUAUCGCUGCUAUAGCCACGAGACUAGGAGCCAUUGUCGAAAGCACAAGUGCAAAGGGCAGCAACAAGUCACUCUCGUUUAGGAAUAUCGAACUUCUGAAGGUUCGUAGCACUGUAGAUCCUAGCCGGAGUACUAUUGUGGCAAAUGUUAACCUCGAGAAUAUUAAGAAUAAGGAAAAGGAUGGGAAGCCGUAA